UUGGCCGCAGAAAUCACGCGUAACAUCCACUAGCGUACGAAACGGAAUAGGAAAUUGCUUACAGGAGAAGGUGGUUUUUAGGCCUCAGGUUAGUGAUUCUGUGCCGAUACACUUCUAGCACACCGAAUGCCAGCCGGCAUGUGCAGGUAGCGCGCAGGGAAACCGAGUAACAGUGCGAACUUUAGCCCGGGUCAAGCUGCGUUACUGUCGCCCGUACUUGUCAACCUUUCGGAAAAGGUCGCAAAUUUGGCUCCAAAGGGAAAAUAAUCUAUUGAAUUGAUAAGAAUUCUUCUCAUCUUGUUGUCUCGGACGGAUAAACCAGUUCAACAUACCAACCAACACGAUCAUUGUGCGUCGCCCUUUCGCGUGCUGCUAAGGAAAGUGAAACCGUGUGCUUGUGUGUGUGUUUGUGUGUACGUGUGUAUAUAUUUUAUUGGUUACUCCCAAAGGGAAACUGCUCUAGGGUCACAGUAUGUGACAGGUGUGGCAGAAGCUUGGUGUGUAAAUAAACCCCGGUGGCCAUCAAAUUGCUUCGUGUGAAUUUAGGAACCGAUAUCAAAUCAUUGGUUAUAAGAGGCUUGUGUACCGGCUAUCCAUUCCACGCCUACCGACGGAGUACGGAAAGCAAACGGCAGAAUGGAAUUCUCGCAACCACCUCCGUCAGUUGAUGCCGCACCGUCGGUACAACAUUUUGCCAACCCGCCACCCAUUAACCGAAUCCUUAGCUACCAGCAUCCACAACCACCGAAGCAGCAGUUUAACUUCUACCACCACAAACCGUACCACCAUUUCAAUGGGUUUCGCGGCGGCGGUCCAAUGUCGCAGGAUGAUUUCGAUGGCAAGCGGCUCCGGAAGUCGGUUAUGCGUAAAACGGUCGACUACAAUGCUUCCAUCAUAAAGGCGCUAGAGUGUCGCACCUGGCAACGGGACCAUCGUGACAGACGUGCCCUGCAACCGGAGAGCAUCUACAUUCCCGAACUGUUGCCACCGCCAAGCUACAUGGACAAUCCAAGCAAUGCGGUCACGACCCGUUUCGUUAAGACCGCUACGAACAAGAUGCGCUGUCCAAUCUUCACGCUCGCCUGGACGCCGGAAGGGCGCCGGUUAAUUACCGGUGCGAGCUCCGGCGAGUUUACCCUAUGGAAUGGGCUUAUGUUUAACUUCGAGACAAUUCUACAGGCGCACGAUGUGUCGGUGCGUACGAUGGUGUGGUCACACAACGACAACUGGAUGGUAACCGGUGAUCAUGGCGGAUACGUCAAGUACUGGCAGUCAAACAUGAACAACGUGAAGAUGUUCCAGGCCCACAAGGAUCCGAUACGUGGAAUCAGUUUCAGCCCUUCGGAUGCGAAAUUUGCAAGCUGCAGCGAUGACGGUACGGUGAGGGUGUGGGACUUUCUACGCUGCCAGGAGGAACGGGUGCUGCGAGGGCAUGGUGCGGACGUCAAGUGCGUUCAUUGGCACCCGCAAAAGGCACUGAUCGUGUCCGGCAGUAAGGACAACCAACAACCGAUCAAGCUUUGGGAUCCCAAGUGCGGCCAAGCGCUUGCCACACUCCAUGCUCACAAAUCGACGGUGAUGGAUUUGAAGUGGAACGAUAACGGCAACUGGUUGGUGACGGCUUCCCGCGAUCACCUGUUGAAGCUGUUUGAUCUGAGAAAUCUCAGCGAGGAGGUGCAGGUGUUCCGUGGCCACAAGAAGGAAGCGAGCGCGGUAUCGUGGCAUCCGAUACACGAAGGUCUGUUCGCUUCCGGUGGUUCCGAUGGGUCGAUCCUGUUCUGGAACGUUGGCACCGACAAAGAGGUCGGUAGUAUCGAUAUGGCACACGAUAGCAUCGUCUGGACGUUGGCAUGGCAUCCGCUCGGGCACAUACUUUGUUCGGGUUCGAACGAUCACACGGUAAAGUUCUGGACGCGCAACCGUCCCGGCGAUCAGAUGCGUGACAAGUACAAUCUCAACACGCUGCCCGCUAGCCUGGCCGGUUUGGACGAGUGUGAGCUGGAGGAACACAUCGUCAUUCCUGGCAUGGGCCCGGAAGAUAAGGUCGACAUCGUGGAAAGCAUUGCGACCAAGGAGGCGGGACCGAUUCCGGGUCUGGAUCUGAAUCAGAACAGUUUUAACGAGAAAAUGCGCGAGAAGAAGAUACCGUACAGUAAGCCGAUUCCGCGCAACUUCCAGGCGCAGUGGAAUGAAUCGAGCAAGCUGGACGAUCAUUCUACCGCUGCGGACGAGAUCAAGGAAGUGAUCUCCCAGAUCGUGGACAGUGGACCGAUGGCACCGAAGAAACCACUACCGACCGCCAUUUCGUUAUACGAGCGCACGGUCGCGGUGAUACCGGACAGUCCACUGGAGCAGGCGAUUAGUGAAGGAACGGAAGCGCUGAAUCGAUUCAUCGAGCAGGGUGGCAUCCCGGAGUUGCACGAUAUUUUCCCACCGCUGGAGGAACCGGAACCGCCAUCGAACGGCGAUGAGGAACAGCCUCCGAAACCACCUGCCAAACGAGCACGGCUUGACGUCGAACCAAAGUUCUUUUAUGGUCCGCUACCGCUCAUUGUGGAUCCACCGGAGCAAUCGCGCGAUUCGGUCCACUCGAUGGACGAUUCGGCAUCACGAUCGAAGGAUGAUCUCACAUUCGAUACGAAGCUACCGUCGCUACUGCAGCUGGAUGUAAAUCCACCGGUAGCGGUACAGUUCAACACGAACGAUCCGGUAGAAGUUGGUGGCAAUCGGAAUUGGAAGGGACGGGAUCGGGACAAGCACCGGGAAAAGCGUGAUCUGGAGGAGGACAAAAAGAUCUGGAAAGAGUACAACGAUCGCAACUGGGACGAGGAAGAGGACGAUUCGGUGAUGAUAGUGGAACCACCCUCGUCUUCAUCUGCCAUGCGAUCCGAUACGCCCGUUAGUCAGAAUACCAACAGUAAUGGGCAGUGGAUGCCGGAGUAUGAUAAUGAUAUGCCACCUGGACCACCGCCCGGAAUGCACGGCAUAGCACCAUGGCAGAUGGCGAAUAAUGGUGGCGGUGGUAUUCAACAUCCGGCAGGGAUGCCACCGUUUGGAGGUGGACCAUUCGGCGAUGACGACGGUGGUCGAUCGAUGGAUGCAUUUAAUCUACAGCGACCACCACCACCGAUUCCCGGUGGACCACCCCCAUUCGGUAAUUCGAACCCAUUCGCCAUGAUGGGUGGCGGUCAGAAUGAGGACGAAGGUGGCUUUUCCAACAACAAUAACAACAACAAUAAUAAUCAUAAUGCGGGAAAUCAUAGGAACGACUUCAAUCGGGGUGACGAUUGGAUGCGCAACGAUGGUGGUGGAAACCAUAGGGGCAACCAUCGAAAUAGGGGCGGUGGUCGAGAUUUCCGGGACGAUCGAGGUGGUCGUGGAAGGGAUCGCGGGUUCGGAAGGCGGAGAAAUUAAGAAUCCAUCGUGUUUACACGUGUCAACGUACCUCGGUAGAAGGUUGUACGAAUGGGGUGGAAAGACGGGCAGCAUGGAUGUGUGAUUGUUGAGGGGAAGUGUUCGAUUAUACAUAAAAGAAAGUUAGAGUUUAAGAAUCAAUACGCUAAGUCACCGUGUACAAAUGACUGUUCCCGAUGUGAAUGAUAGAACAAAUAAAGAAAGCGAGUCUG